AUGGCCGGCCCCCUCCAUACCUACGGAACGACCUGUCUCCUCGCCGAUGACGAUCCGAAUCCCUCUGCCUGGCACUCUCUGCCCCAUCCACCCCGCCCCCGGGCUCAGUUCUUCUAUGUCUCCUCUCUACCGAUAGACGACCCGCUGAGCUCGCUACCGCCUCCACCGAGCGGUCAAUCCCAACUAGACGAUAGGGUGCCGCCGCAGCCCUUUUCGGUUAGGGACCAUAUCGCGCUGGAAGAGGCUUGGUUGUCGAUCAAACGGGAAGAGAAGUCAAAGAAGCCCGAGAAACAGAAGUCGCAUAAUGCCAGCGGUACGGAAGUAAAUGCCGGUAUCGCCGUUCCAGUGACGGACUCUGGACGAACGGGUAGCCGUGGGAGAGCGGGCCUGACGGGCAACCAAGGGAGCGAACGCGUGACAUCUUCUGGCUCAUAUACGCAGAAGUUACCGCAGAGACCAGCUUCUCGGUCCGAUGGCGAUUUUGGCGGAGUAGAACAACAGGAUGGGGGCUCUAAACGAUCGAGCCUACAGUCGAUGCCCGAUGGGAGUAUUGGAGACGGUGUCUCAAUAGGUAGUCCACUUUAUCGCAAAAGGGAGGUGUCCCCCACGGUCAACGCAAAGAGUUUCCGCCGCAAGAUCAGCGACUCGAGGGAUGAGAACCCCAAUCUAGAAGAAGGGAGCGUUGGUUCUUACGGCCAUUACUCUCGCGACGCCAGCAUUAGCGGGUCCCCUUUCAUAAGGGCCCCUGUAACCCAGCCGUCGAGCCCGCUCUCGCGAUCCGUCGAUUCUGCUACUGUCACGGACACGAAGCAGGAGAUCCAUGAGCGUCAAACAACCAGUCAUAGCUACACUGCGUCUAAACCAUCGGGGCUCAGAACAAGCACCUAUCAAGACCAGUCACAAGAUGAAACUGCCGAGCAUACUGAUGCUGAUACAGAAGGAGAUGAGGAUGUCCAAUCAAAAAUCCCGGUGGGUGUUUCUCGACUUCAUCUCGUCGAAUUGCCAAAUCUAAAGAUGAAACCAAUCUAUUGGAGCCCGCUUCACGAUGUAUCCAACGUUCUUCGCGCUACAUGGUUUUACAAAAACACGAUGCUUCCGGUGGAAACGGAGCUCGCCAAUAAACUGGAAGACGGUUAUGUUUAUCUCAAACCAUGGACUGAAACGUGGCAGGAUGAACUCAAUAGCUGUGUGGAGAAUGGAGCAGACGCUGAGUUGAAGAUUGUGCAUCAACUAUGGCCCAAAGAAGACGAUGUGAUACCAGGCGCAGACGUUAUAGCGCAAGAGGUCGAAGACCAGAACCCGGAAUCAUCGGAGUACGUUGAUAAUUGGGCUUCCGGUGCUUCAUCCGCGCAAGCAGCGGCUGUUAAACCUUAUAUGACCUCCAGUGUCAUUUAUGCCGAUGGAAAGAAUGCGCAGAUUCUUCGGCCGAGUCUGCUACCGUCUGUAUCUAGAGGGAGGAGGCCUCUUAGCGCCGUCCGGAAAGGACGUCAGAUCGGUAUACCUGUUGUUCGUGGUUUUAGUCGACGUGCAUGGGAACGUCUGCACCCAUCAAAGCCCAGUCCCGUGGACGUGCGGAACUACCUCCGCGGAGCCCAAGCCAAAACAAUGCGACCUGGUCGAGGCGGGGAGAUAUGCUAUGCCUGUGCAAUGGAAGAGUCCAGGCCUACGCCAACAGAUCUCGUAUUUGUCAUUCACGGCAUUGGUCAGAAAUUGUCGGAGCGCAUGGAGAGCUUCCAUUUCACGCACGCCAUCAAUGCCUUCCGGAGACAAGUCAACGUGGAACUCAACAGCGAAGAAGUAUGGCCGCACGUCCGAGAUGGCCAUGGUGGGAUCAUGGUGCUACCUAUCAACUGGCGCUCGACCCUGUCCUUGGAAGACACCGAUCUUGAGUCCCAGGUGACAGAUGAUCCGGCCAGUAAUCAUUUCACGUUGAAGGACAUCACCCCAGAAACAAUACCUGCUGUCCGGUCUUUGAUCAGUGAUGUUAUACUUGAUAUUCCCUAUUACCUAUCGCAUCACAAACCCAAGAUGAUACAAGCGGUCGUCAAAGAAGCCAACCGAGUCUUCCGGCUCUGGUGCCAGAACAACCCCGGAUUUCAGCAGAAUGGCCGCGUUCAUCUAGUUGCGCAUUCGCUCGGGAGCGCAAUGGCAGUAGACGUGCUCAGUCAUCAGCCGACAAGUAUCCCAGACUUUGACUUUUCAAAUACCAGUAUCCACCCGGACAUAUUUGAGUUUGACACAAAGAACCUAUUCAUCUGCGGAAGCCCGGUGGGCUUGUUCCUUUUUAUCAACAAAGCGAACCUUUCACCCCGGAAGGGACGUGGUAAACCAGGCGGUAAUGGAGAUGACCGGCUUGAUGGAGUAGCAGGCGAUGUAGACACAUACGGCUGCUUGGCUGUUGACAAUCUCUACAACAUCAUGCAUACUACAGAUCCCAUCGCAUAUAGAGUCAACGCCGCGGUCGAUAGUGACUUAGCCGGCACCCUAAAACCGGCCGCCAUCCCAAGCUCCACGGCAUCCCUCUGGCGCUCAUUUGGCGGUGCCUUCCGUUGGGGUACUUCGGCUGUCUCCGCCCCCGAGCGACCAUCCAUCAUCACAAAACUCCCAUCUAACGUGGAAAUGGAGACGCACGAUUUCACCCGGGAGGAAAUAGCUGAGAAGCGAAUGCUCCUGCUAAACGACAACGGACAGGUCGACUAUUUUCUGUCUGGCGGCGGCGGGGCACUCAACAUCCAGUACCUUAACAUGCUCAGCGCGCACAGCAGUUACUGGACACUUACGGAUUUUGUGCGAUUCCUGGUCAUUGAGAUUGCCCGGAAGCAGAGUCGCGAUGCUGUCCUGCCGGCGCUGAGGGCGGAGAAGAAGAAGGGGUGGAAAUAUCAUAAGGGCUAA